CUUCACAUCCAGUAAGCAGUGAUCCUACGAUGAAUACCUUGAGCCGACAAAAGUUUCCCAAGGUCUUUCCUUUUUGUAAACCCCAUUGUCGCUUUUCUCUCAGCCGGAGAGGAAAGUCGAAAACCCUUCGCCGGCGUAUGAAGCGGCUGCGAUCGGAUAUGGAAGAAAUAAGUGAGGAACAAGGGAAGAUCAAAGAAGGGCAAAGACAAGUGAGAGUAAAAUUUGAAGCCGUGGAAAUGGAAUGCGAGCAGCUCCGAAGGGAGACUAACAUGGUAAUGCAGCAGAGCAUGAGCACCCAGCUCCGCCUUGCUUUCAUGUUCCAAAUUUUGAAAGCCAGAGAAAACCAAGACUUCAACCAAGCCGCUCAACUCACCGCCGCUCUCCGGGAGCUGAUAGCCAGAGAGAAAGCAUGAAGCAGUGAGAAAUAUCAGAAGGGUGGUGAAGAGGAGCAGCUCUUUCUAUUGUAUAAACUGAAAAUUAAUUAAUCGUUUUAUGUAUGUCGUUGUAGUCAAUGUAAUUCUCUACUAAUUAUGGUUUUAUCCUUUCGUG